UUGGACCAUCGAUCGGCUUUUGUGUGUAGCCGGCAGGGGAGGCGACGCGAGGCUGCUAAGUUCGAAUCGCGGAGAAGAGAGAAGAGAGAAGAGAGAAGAGCGAUGGGGAAGACCCCGGUGCGCAUGAAGGCGGUGAUCUAUGCCUUGUCACCGUUUCAGCAGAAGGUGAUGCCCGGGCUCUGGAAGGAUCUCCCCGGCAAGAUCCAGCACAAGGUCUCCGAGAACUGGAUCAACGCUACCCUACUCCUUGUCCCUAUAGUCGGUACCUACAGUUUUGUCCAAUAUUACAAGGAGAAGGAGAAACUGGAACAUAGGUACUGAGGGCAAGGAGGCAAGUUUUUGACUUAUUCCUAUAACUUGGAAGUGCAUCUUCUAUAUUAAAACUACUUUAAUAUUGGUCUUUCUUUUCUAUUUUCUCCAAUAAUUAAAAUGUGAACUAGGAGAUUAUUGAAUCAUCUUUGUCUCGCAAACCAAAUAUUAAUCUGUGUUGGCUCUGCUAUCCUAACAGAUUGAAACAGUUUCCUUUUUUUUUUUUUCCUUCUCAUCUAAUACAGAAUAAUCCAAUAUUGCCCUAACUGAAAAUGCUCCCAUCUAAGUUGUUUACGUCUGAAGAUCUUGUAAAGUAGUCUUCCAGUGGAAGUUGUAUUGAUUGUUUCACACAUAAUUUCCACCCUUAACUACAGUGGUCAUUAUGUAUUUGUAUCUAAUAAUAUUUGAUUCAAGGAAAGAAAACUUCCUCGAAAUUAUGUAUUU